ACAGAGGCUGAAUGCUGCACAGCACACUACCAGGCCUACGGACACACCCAGUUACCUCGCGGUAACUUCGUGGCCUAUAGCGAGUGGAAACUGGUGUUCGCGGAACGCUACAUCAGUUUACCCCUGCAAAGCUCACCAAAGAACAACUGCAACGAACAUCUUUCCAGCAACCGAGUGGACCAGACGACAACACGCGGCUUAGACGCCCCAGCCUGCGCAUCUCUCCAGGACACGCAUUCACAGCACCACCGCGGCUCCUAUAAGGACAGCACGUCUUUUGGAUCCAAUGCGUAUGGACUCAACUGAGCAGCUGUCGCCUAAGAAAGAAGUCCUGUAAAAUAUUGGCCUCAGCUCUCCAGUUAUCAAACUCACCCCUGAGAGAUCUGGACCUCAGCUUCAAUAACCUGGGAGAUUCAGGAGUGAAGCUGCUCUGUGCUGCACUGAUGAGUCCAAACUGUAAACUACAGAGACUGGACCUCAGCUUCAAUAUCCUGGGAGAUUCAGGAGUGGAGCUGCUCUGUGCUGGACUGAUGAGUCCAAACUGUAAACUACAGAGACUGGGGCUGGGUUGGUGUAAUCUCACAGAGGGCUGCUGUGAUGUUCUGGCCUCAGUCUUGCGUUCUCCUCACUCAGAGCUGAGUGAUCUGGAGCUGAGAGACAACGAGCUGCAGGAUUCAGGAGUGAGAGCGCUCUCUGCUGGACUGGAGGACCCACACUGUAAACUGCAGAGACUGGGGCUGUCAGGCUGUGGAGUCACACACAGAGGCUGUGAUUCUCUGGCUUCAGCUCUGUGUUCAAACCCCUCACACCUGAGAGAGCUGGACCUGAGAUACAAUCACCUAGGAGUGAGAGCGCUGUCUGCUGCUAAACUGGACACACUCACACUGCUUGUGGAACAUGGAGGAGAGAACAGGAUCAAACCAGGACCCAGGAAAUACGGCUGUCAGCUCACACUGGAUCCAAACACAGCGAACAGACAGCUGUCUCUGUCUGAGGGGAACAGGAAGGUGACACACACACCGGGUAGAAAGGAGCCAUAUCCUGAUCAUCCAGAGAGAUUUGAGUCUGUGGCCCAGGUUCUGUGCAGAGAGAGUGUGUGUGAGCGCUGUUACUGGGAGGCUGAGUACAGUGUGUCUGAGGAGGGAGGGGUUUAUAUAGCAGUGACGUAUAAAGGAAUCGGCAGGAAAAGAGGGGUUGAGGGCUGUGCGUUUGGAUGGAAUAAAGACUCCUGGAUUCUGAGGUGCGAUGAACACAGUUACACUGUCCGUCAGAAUAAUAACCGCAGAGACCUACCUGCCUGCCCCUCCCCCUACCACAGAGCAGGAGUGUGUGAUGAUGGUGCUGGUGCAGGAGUGUGUGUGUACAGGGUAGGAGUGUGUGUGGACCGUCCGGCUGGCACUCUGUCCUUCUACAGCGUCUCUGACUCUGACACACUGACCCUCCUGCACACACUCCACACACACUUCACUCAACACACACCCCUCUGUGCUGGGUUUGGAGUGGAGUUGGGCUGCUCAGUGUCCCUCUGCCAACUGGAGUAGAGAGACACACACAC